GGCUCACUCCAAGUUAGACGUACCAUCCCAAACGCUCUCAUUUCUCACAUUUCUCCAGAGAGUUUGAAAAAGAAAAAAUGGAGCACAGUACUGACACUACCACUGCCACCACCAUAACUCCUUCACCAUACUCUUCUCGGUCCGUCUCGCCGUCGUCUUCCUCCCCUCCUGACUCUCCACCUUUGCCACAAGUGGUAGUCAGCCCUUGUGCUGCCUGCAAAAUCUUGCGGAGGAGGUGCGCCGAGAAAUGUGUGUUGGCUCCUUAUUUUCCUCCGAAUGAUCCCAUCAAGUUCACUACUGCUCAUCGCGUCUUUGGUGCCAGCAAUAUUAUCAAGUUCUUGCAGGAACUACCGGAAUUUCAAAGAGCAGAUGCUGUUAGCAGUAUGGUGUAUGAAGCCAAUGCUAGGCUGAGGGAUCCUGUCUAUGGUUGUGCAGGAGCAAUUUGUCAACUACAAAAGCAAGUGAAUGAGCUCCAAGUACAAUUGGCAAAGGCACAAGCCGAGAUUGUCAACAUGCAACACGAACAAGCUAACUUUAUGACCCUUAUUUGCAUGGAAAUGGCACAAUCUCCACAAACAUCACCACAACAAUCAUUGGAGAAUUUCACUAAUAUUCCACAACAUGGAAGCUCACAAAGCGACGUGAGCUUCCUAGAUGAGAGUAAUUUUGGAUCAAUAUGGGAGACUCUUUGGGCAUGAUUAAUGGAACAUGUUCAUCUAAUUAACUCCUAGAGGAUUUUCACCAAGUUAAUGUUAUGGGGAACAGUAAAAACUUUUACCCAAAUAAAAUUGACGCAGCAACUUAUAAUUUUAGUGGAAGAAAAAUUAAAAUGUAAUAUAGUAUGAACCAAAUCUUGAAAAAGAUUUGAAUCUCAAAUAUUUUUCAUGAUUUUUCUAAUGGUUUUUUGAUAAAGCAAAUGAAGUUGACGGGCCUCGUUCCCGCCAUAUAGUUUAUUUUU